UCUUUCUCUCUUCGUUCAUCGGAAAACAUGGGGUUUUGCGGCGGUGUGGGCUUCUUCUCCAGCCGAAAUGGUCACAUGCAUCUUUUUGUUUUCGGGUUUGUCUUGUUGGGUUGUCUUCAAGUGGAAGCUGCCACCAAGAAGUAUCAGUUCGAUGUACAAGUGAGCAAUGUGAGCCGAUUGUGCCACGCGAAGCCGAUUGUGACUGUAAAUGGGAUGUAUCCUGGACCAACUAUUUAUGCCCGAGAAGGCGAUAGAGUCAUCAUCAACGUAACAAAUCACGCACAAUAUAAUAUGUCAAUCCAUUGGCACGGGUUGAAACAAUACGCCAACGGAUGGGCAGAUGGACCGGCAUACAUAACACAAUGCCCAAUCAAGACGGGAAGCAACUAUGUUUACGACUUCAAUGUCACGGGCCAAAGAGGGACAUUGUGGUGGCACGCUCACAUUCUAUGGCUCCGAGCCACGGUUUAUGGUGCCAUUGUCAUCUUGCCCCCACAAGGAACCCCGUACCCGUUCCCAAAGCCCGACAACGAACAAGUCUUGGUGUUGGGGGAAUGGUGGCAUGGUGAUGUGGAAGAGAUUGUGAAGCAGGGUAAUGCCAUGGGUUUACCACCCAACAUGUCUGAUGCCCACACCAUCAACGGCAAACCCGGUCCUCUAUUCCCUUGUUCCGAAAAACAUACAUUUGCAAUGGAAGUCGAGUCGGGGAAGAAAUACCUUCUGAGGAUUGUAAACGCUGCCCUCAACGACGAGCUAUUCUUCGCCGUUGCGGGCCAUAACAUGACAGUGGUUGAGAUUGACGCUGUCUACACCAAACCAUUUACCACCUCUGCGAUACUAAUCGCUCCUGGUCAGACGACAAAUGUUUUGGUUAAUGCUAAUAGUGCUUCAGGGCGGUACUUCAUGGCGGUCCGCCCGUUCCAAGAUGUUCCGAUUCCUGUUGAUAAUAAAACCGCUACUGCAAUCCUCCAGUACAAAGGCGUUCCCAACACGGUUCUCCCGUCUCUCCCGCAAUUACCAUCACCGAAUGACACCGCAUUUGCGUUGAGCUACAACAACAAGCUUCGGAGCCUCAACAGUCGUAACUUCCCGGCAAAUGUCCCGUUGAAAGUUGACCGGAAACUGUUUUUCACCGUUGGGUUAGGAAAAAGCGUGUGUCCUACAUGUGUGAAUGGAACCCGACUUUCGGCUUCGUUAAACAACAUCACGUUUGUGAUGCCGCAAACCGGGCUUCUUCAAGCUCACUACUCGAAGAUGAAAGGCGUUUUUACCCUCGAUUUCCCCGAUAAGCCACCAACACCUUUUAACUACACCGGUGCACCCCUGACCGCAAACCUUUUCACUUCUCACGGAACCAGACUGAGCAAAAUCGCGUUCAACUCAACGGUCGAACUCGUGAUCCAAGACACCAAUUUGCUAAGCGUGGAAUCCCACCCAUUUCACCUUCACGGCUACAACUUCUUUGUGGUCGGAACAGGUGUCGGGAAUUUCGACCCCGCUAAGGAUCCGUCCAAGUAUAACUUAGUGGAUCCACCGGAACGGAAUACCGUUGGUGUCCCGACCGGUGGCUGGUCGGCCAUCCGUUUCAGAGCCGAUAACCCGGGUGUUUGGUUUUUCCAUUGUCAUUUGGAGUUGCACACCGGGUGGGGAUUGAAGACGGCGUUCGUGGUGGAAGAUGGUCCCGGAAAAGACCAGAGCGUCCGUCCUCCGCCCAAGGAUCUUCCACCGUGCUAACUUUAAAUACCACGUGCAUGAUUUUUCUUGAAAAUAAUUGUAAAUUUGCAAGUGUGUGAUAAAUGUUAACAUCUCAAUUGUUGAUAUUGAAACUAUAUGAUUGAUUCAUCAA